UACAGGUUGGUCGUACCCUUCAUCUGUAACAGGAAUUCAGGGGCAGAACAUCACUAUUACAUUUGUUGCCAAUCUAUCCGACCAUGCUUCAGGAGUAACAUGGAAAUUUGUGAGAAUAAUGAAGGACGGUAAUCAAAUGAUAAGCAUCGAACCUGGGGAACAAAAAACAGUGUACUCUCCAUUUGACAGUCGUACGUCUGACCUUGAUCUAAAUGUCAAUCAGACCGACGCUAUAGUAACCAUCAAACUCACAUUAUCCAGUUUGAUGAAGGCUACAGACGAAGGACAAUACUCAAUCAAUCCGCUUGGAACUAGUGACUUCCAAGGAGGUGCCCCUAGUUCACCCACAGCGCUGUCCAUAAAUGUACAGACAGCUAUCACAAGUUCAAGCCCAAGUAUUGUCAUUGUUAACGAAACACAGACUCCACAGUUUGUAUGUACUGCAACUGGUCACCCCACACCCAGUAUUAACUGGACAAGAGAUGGUGUGAUCGUUGGCACAGGAAGCCCAUACAAUACACCAGCAGUUACAUCUAACGAUGACAAGGCGUGUUAUACGUGUGUAGCUUAUAAUGGAGUCCUUGAUACCAAGACCGCUAACUUCUGUCUAAACGUUCAAUACAAACCGAAAAACGCAACAAUUUUGAGUGACAGAUCAACAGUUUGCCAGAAUGAUAAGGUGAAUCUGACCUGUACAUCAGGACCAGCCAACCCAGCACCCAGCAGUUACGAGUUUUAUGACAAUGGUGUUCUUGUUAGAACCAGUGCAUCUAACGUUUAUGAAGCUACAGCUACUGCAGGCUUGCCAUCUGUAAACAAGUUUGUUUGUGUACCAAGAAAUCUUCUGGGAACCUCCUUGAAAAAUGGAAGUGUGGAAGUGACUGCAAAAGUGGCACCAGCAAUAGUUACGUCACCUCUCUCCACGACUCUUUUGGAGGGAAGUUCUUUAACAUUGUUUUGCAAUGCCUCUGGAGUACCUGCACCUAACGUCAUGUGGAUCAAGGAUGACGGACUCAUUGUUGGCAGUACUGAGACAUUUACCAUAAGUAACGUCAAGAGAGGAGACGAGGGGUUCUACACAUGCACAGCAAGCAACAGCUUUGAGUGCAGCAGUGCCGCUGCUGUUGCAACUGUUGUUGUAAACUACAAACCACAUCUCACGACCCUGACCAGUACAAAGACUGAGGCCUGCCUGAAUGACUCAGUUACGUUACAAUGUACAACAACUGCCAACCCACCAGCACAUGAAUAUCGCUUCUACUUGAAUGAUCAGCUUGUACAUACCAGCAUGUCUGGAGUCUAUCAGUUGAAUGUUCCACAAGCAGGCAAUAACACAUACAAGUCUCAGGGUGAAGACAUCAAUGUGACUUGGCAUAAAGUUGGAGGUGGUCAAGUAUCCGGUAGUGGUGUAUAUACCAUACCAUCUGUUACACAUGCUGAUUCAGGUUYAUACGAAUGCAGAGCUAAGACUGGUAACGAGUGUGAAGUGAAAAGUACCAUGAUAACACUCGCUGUGAUUUUGGAUGCAUCGGUCGUUUGGAGGAGACAACCAACCUCGGCUACCGGGAUUCAAGGCCAAAGCGUCAGCAUGACUUGGACUGCUGAUCUAGCUUCGGGUGUAGAAUGGAAUUUUGUUAAAGUGUACCAGAAAGUAGGUAUAGGAAAAAAACAGAUGUUAAGGCAACACAAGACAGAAGGGAUAAAAGUUUAUCCUGAAUAUACGAGCCGAGAUGCGGAUCUGAAUCUAACUGCUUCUCAGUCUGGUACUUUACUGACAACGGAGUUUACAAUAAAUAACCUGAACCGAUCGACAGAUGAGCAUUUGUACUAUCUGCGAAUAGACUAUGAAACUAGUCCAAGCGACAGCGAUAGCGAUGAUUCAAUUGACUUGUCUCUCACAAUCCUUGUGCCUACCACAAUAACCAGUCCAAACCCAACUACUGUCACUGUUAACCAAUCAAAGCCUGCACAACUUGAAUGUACUGCAACUGGUAACCCCGCACCCAGUAUUAACUGGACAAGAAAUGGCGUGAUCGUUGGCACAGGAAGCCCAUACACUACACCACCGGUUACACCUAACGACGACAAGGCGUGUUACUAUACUUGUGUAGCUUAUAAUGGAAUCCUUGAUGCCAAGACCGCUAACUUCUGUCUAAGCGUUCAAUACAAACCGAAAAACGCAACAAUUUUGAGUGACAGAUCAACAGUUUGUCAGAAUGAUAAGGUGAAUCUGACCUGUACAUCAGGACCAGCCAACCCAGCACCCAGCAGCUACGAGUUUUAUGACAAUGGUGUUCUUAUUGGAACCAGUGCAUCCAACGUUUAUGAAGUUAAGGCUACUGCAGGCUUACCAUCUGUAAACGAGUUUGUUUGUGUACCAAGAAAUCAUCUGGGAACCUCCUUGGAAAAUGGAAGUGUGGAAGUGACUGCAAAAGUGGCGCCAGCAAUAGUUACGUCACCUCUCUCCACGACUCUUUUGGAGGGAAGUUCUUUAAGAUUAUUUUGCAAUGCCUCUGGAGUACCUGCACCAGACAUCACGUGGACCAAGCUUGGCGGAGGCAUUGUUGGCAGUACUGAGACAUUUACCAUAAGUAGCAUCACGAGAGGAGACGAAGGGUCCUACAGAUGCACAGCAAACAACAGCAAUGAGUGCAGCAAUGUCACUGCUGACGCAGAUGUUGUUGUAAACUACAAACCAGAACUCACGACUCAGGGUGAAGACAUCAAUGUGACUUGGUAUAAAGUUGGAGGUGGUCAAGUAUCCAGUAGAGGUGUAUAUACCAUACCAUCUGUUACACAUGCUGAUUCAGGUUCAUACGAAUGCAGAGCUAAAACUGGUAACGAGUGUGAAGUGAAAAGCACCAUGAUAACACUCACUGUGAUUUCACCUCCAAUCAUCAGCAACAUCAUAGUAACAGAAGACAGUCUAACAGUUUCCUGGAAUAACCUGGUUUUACCUCAUAACACGAUAGCAACAUGCUUGAUAUAUGUGAUGCAAUCAUUCCAUGGUGUCAACUGGAUAACGUCUUCAAACACCAGCAAUGAAGAUUCAAUAACAUGUUCAAUUGCCGAAUUGAAAUCAUCUACCUUGUAUCGUAUUCAGUAUUUCUUACAAAUCCACAAGAACUAUGUAAAUGGUACUAUUUACAUAGGAACUUCUGCUAAAGUCAAUAGAACAGGAGCAAGUUCAAACCAUUCAACAUAUGAUACUGGAAAAGCUGGGAACAUUUCAURUGGGGUGUCAUCCACCAUUUUUGCAGCUGUCAUUGCUGUUGCUAUUGUAGUUAUUGUUCUUCUCAUAUUGGUUAUCGUAUGGAUGCGAUUUCAAGGCAUACAAAACGACAAMAGAGUCAAAAGACAAGAAAAAAACCAGACGGAAGUUCCCGUCAGUCGAUCCUCGUUUUCAACACCAUCUUUUGAUACUAAGACUGUUUACGAGAACGAGGGUUUUAUUUCCCGUCAAACCAAACCAGAUGCAGACAUGGCUCUGUACGAGCAAGUACAAAACAGGGGCCGGGUAAUGAAUCAAGGUGUCGUUGGACCGCCUUCCUUUCCGAUGGAGUAUAUACCAGGAAGCCGACCAGCAAGACAUGAAACCGAGAACCAGGUGCAAUCACAAUUGAAGGAGCCUUCUUAUCAGGCACUGGAUCAAAGAGAAAUGGCUGGUACUAAGCAUGUUAAUGUUAAUGAAGGGUCUUAUGGACAUCUGUUGGGAUUUACAAGGAGUCCAUCUCAAGACCAAAACCAUUACCAGGCUAUGCAGCCUGAGAAUCGGCGGUCCACACAAUAUCAGUCACUUCAAAACAUGCAUAAACCUACAUUUAAUGUACUUAUUUUUGCAAUCCAUGCAAUUUCUUUUUUUUUUUUUUCAGAUGCGGUAGCAAAUACAGGUUGGUCGUACCCUUCAUUUGUAACAGGGAUUCAGGGGCAGAACAUCACUAUUACAUAUGUUGCCAAUCUAUCCGACCAUGCUUCAGGAGUAACAUGGAAAUUUGUGAGAGUAACUAAGGACGGUAAUCAAAUGAUAAGCAUCAAACCUGGGGAACAAAAAACAGUGCACUCUCCUUUUGACAGUCGUACUUCUGACGUUGAUCUAAAUGUCACUCAGACCGAUGCUAUAGUAACCAUCAAGUUUACGUUGUGCAAUUUAAUCAAGGCUACAGACGAAGGACAAUACUCAAUCAAUCCGUUUGGAACUAGUGACUUCGAAGGAAGUUCCACUCCAUCAUCGACAUCGCUGUCCAUAAAUGUAAAGACAGCUAUCACUAGUCCAAACCCAAGUACUAUCACUGUUAACGAAACACAGCCUGCACAGCUUGAAUGUACUGCAACUGGUCACCCUACACCCAGUUUUAACUGGACAAGAGAUGGUGUGAUGGUUGGCACAGGAAGCCCAUACACUACACCAGGAGUUACAUCUAACGAUGACAAGGCGUGUUAUACGUGUGUAGCUUAUAAUGGAAUCCUUGAUGCCAAGACCGCUAACGUCUGUCUAAACGUUCAAUACAAUCCAAGAAACGCAACAAUUUUGAGUGACAGAUCAACAGUUUGCCAGAAUGAUAAAGUGAAUCUGACCUGUACAUCAGGACCAGCCAACCCAGCACCCAGCAGUUACGAGUUUUAUGACAAUGGUGUUCUUGUUAGAACCAGUGCAUCCAACGUUUAUGAAGCUACAGCUACUGCAGGCUUACCAUCUGUAAACARGUUUGUUUGUGUACCAAGAAAUCUUCUGGGAACCUCCUUGGAAAAUGGAAGUGUGGAAGUGACUGCAAAAGUGGCGCCAGCAAUAGUUACGUCACCUCUCCCCACGACUCUUUUGGAGGGAAGUUCUUUAACACUAUUUUGCAAUGCCUCUGGAGUACCUGCACCAGACAUCACGUGGACCAAGGUUGGUGGAGGCAUUGUUGGCAGUACUGAGACAUUUACCAUAAGAAGCGUCAAGAGAGGAUACGAGGGGUUCUACAGAUGCACAUCAAGCAACGGCGAUGAGUGCAGCAAUGUCACUGCUGACGCAAAUGUUGUUGUAAACUACAAACCAGAACUCACGACUCUGACCAGCACAAAGACUGAGGCCUGUCUGAAUGACUCAGUUACGUUACAAUGUACGACAAAUACCAACCCACCAGCACAUGAAUAUCGCUUCUACUUGAAUGAUCAUGAUCAGCUUGUACAUACCAGCAUGUCUGGAGUCUAUCAGUUGAAUGUUCCACAAGCAGGCAAUAACACAUACAAGUGUGAACCAAAGAACACUGUUGGAGCUGGAAAGAAUGCAUCGGUGACGAUAAGCACUAAGGUAAGCCCAAUAAUAGUCAACACAACACCGAGUCAAGAAGUACGGGAAGGAUCGAGUCACACUCUCUAUUGUAGAGUUGAAGCUCAAGGUGAAGACAUCAAUGUGACUUGGCAUAAAGUUGGAAGUGGUCAAGUAUCCAGUAAAGAUGUAUAUACCAUACCAUCUGUUACACAUGCUGAUUCAGGUUCAUACGAAUGCAGAGCUAAGACUGGUAAUGAGUGUGAAGUGAAAAGCACCAUGAUAAAACUCACUGUGAUUUCACCUCCAAUCAUCAGCAACAUCAUAGUAACAGAAGAAAGUCUAACAGUUACCUGGAAUAACCUGGUUUUACCUCAUAACACGAUAGCAACAUGCUUGAUAUAUGUGAUGCAAUCAUUCCAUGGUGACAACUGGAUGACGUCUUCAAACACCAGCAAUGAAGAUUCAAUAACAUGUUCAAUUGCCGAGUUGAAAUCAUCUACCUUUUAUCGUAUGCAGUAUUUCUUACAAAUCCACAAGAACUAUGUAAAUGGCACUAUCUACAUAGGAACUCCUGCUAAAGUCAAUAGAACAGGAGCAAGCUCAAACCAUUCGACAUGUGAUACAGGAAAAGCUGGGAAUAUUUCAUCUGGGGUGUCAUCCACCAUUCUUGUAGCUGUCAUUGCUACUGUUGCAAUUGCAGUUAUUGUGCUUCUCAUAUUGGUUAUCGUAUGGAUGCGAUUUCGAGGCAUACGAAACGACAAAAGAAUCAAAAGACAAGAAAAAAACCAGAGGGACGUUGUUGUCAGUCAAUCCUCGUUUUCAACACCAUCUUUUGAUACUAAGACUGUUUACGAGAACGAGGGUUUUAUUUCCCGCCAAACCAAACCAGACGCAGAUAUGGCUCUGUACGAGCAAGUACAAAACAUAGGCCGUGUAAUGAAUCAAGGUGUCGUUGGACCGCCUUCCUUUCCGAUGGAUUAUAUACCAGGAAGACAAGCAAGACAUGAAACCGAGAACCAGGUGCUAUCACAAUUGAAGGAGCCUUCUUAUCAGGCACUGGAUCAAAGAGAAAUGGCUGGUACUAAGGGUGUUGAUGUUAAUGAAGGGUCUUAUGGACAUCUGUUGGGAUUUACAAGGAGUCCAGAUAAUACAACUGCAGCUGCGUUACCUCAAGACCAAAACCCUUACCAGGCUAUGCAGCCUGAGAAUCGGCGGUCUACACAAUAUCAGUCACUUCAAAACAUGCAUAAACCUACAUUUAAUGUACAACAGCAUACUACAAGUAAAAGUACCACAGCAAGAAAGUGGUUGUUAAAAAUAGUGAUCCAGAUGGCGGAAGCAAAUAAUGUAUUUUUUCAAUGUUAUUGUUUUGAUAUUCGACGUUUAUAAACUGAUUCAACUGUAACGUUGUGUUAAGAGGGCUUUCAUUUUUCUCAGUUAUUCUUUUAUCCAGAUAUUUGACAUAAAAAGGUCCACUGGUGUGAGUUAAGUGUUAGACGUAUGUGAGGUAAGAUCAGCUGUAGUUGUGCCUUAAUUAAAUUUCAAAUCUUUUCCUAUGGAAUGCCAUUCGUUCAUCCAUUUAUGCUCUUACUAUUUUUAUAGUGUAUGGCAAGUUGUAAACAAUUCAUUAUUUUCUAGAUGUCCAAC